AUGCAGAUUGCUAAAGUUGCGCUCUUCCUUUUCGCUGCCAUCGGCGCGGCGGCGAAUCCCGUUGAUGUUGAUGGCAGCGGCUUAGACGUCGGAGUCUCCGGCGGAGAGGACAUGAACACGUUCAUAACGUACACUGGGAAAUGCAGCAGAGGCAGAAACUAUAAGGAGGACACGUGCAAAUUCAAGGGGCAAAAGGGCAAGACCACCAUUGUGCGGUGCCCAAGGUUUGCCAACCAGAGGUGCACAUGGGACAGCUACAAGCGGACUACCAAGUGCAACUACAAGUAG